AGUGUGGUAGUGGUGGUCCAAUUAUAAGACCAUUCCAGAAACCUGACUUAACUAAUCAUAGUUAGUUGUAACAAUUUUAUAGUUUUCAUAGACAUAUUUACAGUAGUUAGACAAACCAAGAUGCAUUUUCUUUGAAUUUAAACAUUAAUUUCAAAUCAUUCGUGUAACGACAUGACGACGCUGUCCCCUGCUUCUGAGAAGAGGGAAUCAACCAAUCAGACCUCGCUUGUCUGUAUGGCUAACAGUACUGUAACGAUAGUCUAUAGCUGCUAGCAUUUUUAGGAGGGGCAGAGACAUUCUGAGCCAUUAUCUGGCAUUCUUGAAAUACAAAGUGGAUGCCUCUAUGAUCCAGCUACAGCGAAAUAUACCUCUCCGUACAAGACUUCAGCCAUGGCCACGGCAGGCGCAGGACCAGGCGCAGGACCAGGCACAGCAGAGCCAAAUCGGCCAGGCCCCCAGAGGAAGAUGUCCACCACAGGGGAAAGCCUGUACAAGGUGCUAGGCCUGGAGAAAGGAGCUUCCGCUGAUGACAUCAAGAGAGCUUACAGGAAAUUAGCCUUGAAGUACCACCCAGACAAGAACCCAGACAACCCGGAGGCUGCAGAUAAGUUUAAAGAGAUCAACAACGCCAACUCCAUCCUGAACGAUGACGGCAAGAGGAGGAUCUACGAAGAGUACGGCUCCAUGGGUCUCUACGUGUCCGAGCAGUUUGGAGAGGAGAGCGUCAAAUACUACUUCCUCAUGUCCAAGUGGUGGUUUAAGACCAUGGCUGUGUGCUGCACCGUCUUCUCCUGCUGCUGUUGCUGCUGCUGUUGCUGUUUCUGCUGUGGGAAGUGCAAGCCGCCGGAGGAGGAUGAUCACUACCAGUAUGUGGACCCAGAGGACCUGGAGGCCCAGAUCAAAGCAGAGACGGACGGAGGUGACACGGUAAUCAUUGUCCAGCCCAUACCUGUAGCCGUACCUAUAGCUGUAUCGAGCCCUGUGGCUGAGAGCAUCAGCCUAGGCCCUGCCAUCAGCCUAGGCCCUGCCAUCAGCCUAGGCCCUGCCAUCAGCCUAGGCCCUGCCAUCAGCCUAGGCCCUGCCAGUCCAGUAGGUGACAACCCGACCAGUCCAGUGGCUGCUGAGAACCCAGGCGAAACGCUGCCGGAGUCUAAAUGACUCGACAGUGACAGUGUGGAUGAGCCUCGCCAGGGGAGGGCAGGUCCGCGUGCCCCUAUCGUGAUCCAGCCGCAUUCCAUCACCGUUGAGAUUCCAGAGACCUCCCAGCCUGCAGCCAGCCAGCCCACCUCCAAGCCCCAGCAGUGACCCUCCCCUCCCAGCCCCGUGUACCCGCUGGAGCCCUCCCCUUAGGUGGGCACGGCCCCCCGAGGGCCCCACCCUGGAGCCCCCAGCAGCCAGCCAGGCCAGCCGUUACCACAGCCAGGACUCACCAGUGCCAGUCAACCAGCCAGCCAGUCAACCCCCCAUACUGUGGCAAAGGUCCAACCAAAUGGACAUGAGCGGCACGCUGCCAAGAGACCCGGACUUCUUAUGACUUGAUAUAUAUAUAUAUAUAUAUAUGUGUCUAUCUACCAAACUGAGGAUUAGAACAAACUCCUAUCACUCCAUUUUAUCCCUCUGUUUCAAUCCUCCCUCAUCUAUCCCCCCUCCCCUGCUCUCUUUCUCCCUCUUGGACUCUCGUCUCUGUCAGAGCUCUGGGAUUGGAGACUCUUCAAGUUCAGUCUGAGUUUUGGGAUUUAAAUAGCCUGACUCAAACCUUCCACCUCCCGGAGACUAAAGCAUGGAUCAGAGGAUGUGCAUGUGUUAAGUUUGAUCUGCAUGCCCCUACUGUACAACACUGGCACAUACAUACCCCUCUACUACAGCCACCACCACCAUCUUACCCCUGUCAGUGAUACCCCCAGCUCCAGCCAGGUGCACUUACAGAAUGCUGCACAACCAAGGGUCUCCACUUCCACCUGAAUGAGACCCAGAAGUGGGGCCGACAUUCGAGAACAGUGAAAAUGUCCUGUGGAAAACUUCUGCAUUUCUAACAGAAAAAUGUGCUGACUGCUUUAUUUAAUUGCUAAUUGAUGUCACAAUUAUGUUAGUUAGACCAAAGCCAAACUACAUGCCACUAACUCCAUGCGUUCAGUAGCCACCAGUUUUCUCCUCAAGCCACUAGAGCCAACCUGAGAGGAUUGCGCCAUUGAGGUGUAUGCAUUUGGGUCUACUAUGUACUUUUGAAACCUGUGAAUUGGGUAAAUGGUAAUUUCUGAUGGACUGUCAGCUAUCUUAUGGGUCCAGCCAACCAGCACUGCUUACUGAAACAGUCAGCACACUUCUCUCUGUAUUCGAUGGAACUGACCGAUGGAAACAGCUAGCUGACUGCAACCCAACUACUUAUCAAACGUCUCCCAUCUCAAAGGGUGGUUUUGCUUUGCGUUCUCAUAGUCUGAUGUUGUAACAUGGAGAUACAGGUGGUAUGUACUGUAGGGAUCUGUGUUUGACCCAGCUUCUAAGUGCACUCUAUGCCACAUUCUAGAGUGACAAUUAUGUUCUCUGUACUGCCUACAGAGAGAUCCCAUCACCAAUGAUUUUGAGACUUUUCAGAUGUUGAUUUGACUUUGAAGAAAUAACACACCAGGGUGUUUUCCAUGGGGUUUUGGUGGACUGAGGCAUGUUGAGUAUUUUAUGGGCUAAAGAUGCACAUGUCUACUAUUUACAACUAGGCAUUAGUCCUCCCAUUCACUCCUUUCUACAGUACGGUCUCUGUGAUGAGAUGAUGCAAUGUCACACAGCAGGGUUAGGGUCUGUACAGAUCACACAACCAGCCAUUUGUACUUCAGUACAGCUCUCUUUAUGAUCCUGGGGGUGCAGAGUCGGCGCUUUCUCAAAUGUACUGUAAUCAGAAUAGUGAAAAAGUGACGCGAAUGGGUGCCACAUUGUUAUUGCGAAUCAGUCAGUCCCAAUGGUGGGUGGGGGGGGUGUGUGUAGAGCAUUGUACAAAGUAUUUUGGUUUGUUCAUUAGUGCUGUGGUCAGUCAGUCAUCCCCUCCCAGUUUCUUUGUGGUUGGUCAUUUGAAAAGGGCAUUCUGUGUUUCCUAAAGAGGGACUGGUACAUGGUGUUAACCACCUUGUGUAUUGGCUGAAGAACAACCCUAAAGUUAGACUAAACUCAAAUCAUGUCAUCAAAUGAUGUCAAGCGUUUUGUAGCUUUGGAUGUUUUUUCUCCUGAGUUUUCAUAGAAAUGAUUUAUCAGUAGCUUCAAUUUCUUACUGGAAUUUAUGGCACUUUUUCUCCCCUUCAUUUCACUAAGUUAAUAGCCAAAACCCUCCUGAUUUUAUUUUUUUCAGUCUGUUGGUUAUGCUUUUUCGAAAACCAUAGUAAAUCGGAUGCAUUUCAACAUAACAGUGCAGUAUCUAUCCCCAGGGUUCAGAGAGGAGAGAUACCUUUUAUUUAUUCUGGUGAUCCUUAUCUGCUGUAAAUAAUAAUCACUAUGUGUGUCACAUGCAAAUAACAUUGUAAUAAGGUUGUUUUGAGACUCUUUGUUGAAUGGAAAAAUGUCUUAAGAAAUAAGCCCAUAUACAUAGUGUACAUUGUCUAUUUUUUAUUUAUGUCAAACCGAAUGAGCUGUUUUUUAAAAAACAAGUUGACAGUUGGGAAGAGAGGACCCUAGACUAGCCAACAUGGUCCUCCCAGGGGGCUGGGCAACUGGUUGACAGAGGUAGGUAGGCAGGCUGUCCUAACUGGCUAGGCCACCAUGGCGCUGGUCUACAGUAGCAGGCAGACAGGCAGUGUGUAUCGGUCUGCCCUGAGUGUAGGGGGCAAUGAUGUCUCCAUCUCAUCUCUCUUCUAGGACACAGGGUAAUGUAUGAGGACUCUGCCACUGAAAUGAUUGAUUGUAGUUUUGUUGAUGUUUUCAUUGUCAUUCAUUCAUCAUGUCUCAUGGACAAAAAUGAUCUGUAAAUGUGUAUUUAUAUAAUGAAAUUAAAAGAAGGGGGAUUUGUA